AUGCUCCCACUUUGGGCGCACGCGCGCGCGGUGGGAAAGUUCAACAAGGAUGCUCCGCCUCCGAGCGUCAUUAAUUUCCGCAAUAUGCAGCGCAGACGCGGUGGCGUGUUCCGUACGAAUAUGCGCAUUGUGCCAAAAAAAGAGCAAAGCCCCUCUGCAAUUCAGCCCAAGCUGCGCGAUCAUUUAUUUCAAACGUCGCAUGAUGUCGCCGAGCUUGCUCAUACGCAGGACCCACGCGCGGCUUUCAAGGAUGCGGAAAAGCUGCUCUUUGAGCGCAUGACAGAAUGGCAUGCGCUGGCGCGCAAAAUGCGCGCGAAGCAUGCUGAUGCGUCUGCACACAUUCAUCCACAGCUUGCUGCUGCUGCUUGGAACCAGGUAAUCAACUUGGCCGUACGCGCGUCGAGUCCAAGUGCAGCUUGGCGCCUGUAUUGCAAAAUGAAGCGCAACCAUAUUCGACCCACGGCACGCACGUAUGCGGGCUAUUUUGCUGCUCUGACAAGCAUGGUCCGCGACAAGAGGAUCAAUAUGCAAGAGUCGCGAAGCUGGCUUGAGCAUCUGCCGAAACUAUACCAAGGAUUGGACCAACUUCAAAGGGAUGCUGCGAUGCGUCAUGACGCUGUGGACGAAAUUGCUGGGCGCAGAGAAUUUACGGCUCCGUUUAAACGGCAUACGGCACACGCUGCUUGCAAAGAUCCGCAAGCCAUCGUUUCGGCGUACAGCAGCUACAUCUCUUUAUUGUUUGCGCUGGACAAUCCAGAAGAAGGACUUGCGGUGUUCAACGCCGUGUGCCCCGACCCUUAUCCUGGCAAUGCCUAUACCCAGUCGAGCGAGUGCCUCCCACGUACCAUGUUUGCUACGGCGCCAUUUUACUCUGCAACUUUGCGGGAUAUCGGGAUGUCGAAGAUGCGGCUAGAGACGAAACACGCCGUGGUCCGCGAUCUCUGGAGCAGGUGGCAGUACGAUAUUAUGCGUGCUUCACGCAUGCCUUCAAAACGGCCGGUGGUGUUGGAUGCGAUCGCGGUAAAAACGCUACUUUGGACGCUGCAACUCGGCAGGCCUGAGGAGGCGGCACGAGAGGUGAGCGCAAUGCUUGGCACGUAUGUCGGCGUCCCAUUUACCCCUGCUCCUGGCAUCAUUCAAUACACUGUACCAACAGACUGGACACCUCUGCACUUUACCAACGCUUCAUUGCUUGUGGAUGCGCUCAGCUUCUACACACAGGUGGGGAUGCCUCAGUGUGUAGUAGACUGCUAUACCUAUGCAGAGAAAACCAAGGAUGCUUCCGGCGCUGUACAGCCAUCAACGAUUCGCGACGCCGUAGUGCUUGCUGAGCGCGCACACGCUGCAUUGCGCAAGGAAAUAGGCAGAUAG